CUUGACUAUCUUGAGUCUUGUUGCUUACUACUCUACAAACUAUAAAAAACCAGACCCACAUCAUUUCCUUCGCAGAGAAGCAAGGCAACAAUGGCUACCGAAGAUGGCGACAAUUUUAGGUACUUGAUUGUGCAGCCUGAAAAUGGCGGAAUUACCGACCUUUUCAGAUACGGAAUCUUGGGCAACAAAGCUAGCGGGGCAAAGUUCUUCGAGACUUCCGACGAACAAACCCUCCAUGAGGAGCUGUCGGUGGGCGGCGACAGAGGAGGCGGAGAGACGCCGGCCCAUAGGUGGGUGAUCAUAGUAUCGAUAGUAAUGAGGAAGUUGAUUAAGUUUUUUGGUAAGCCAAUGGAAUGGACCGGUUACGUUGUCGACUUCUUACUAAACUUGCUCUCCCUCAAUGGCGGCCUCCUUGGUUUGCUCUUCAAUCUUCUACAAGGAAAGAUGGUAAUUCCAGUGAGAGGAUCAGCAACAUAUAUCAGUACAAUCGGGCAUAUUGAUGGCCGGAUAGACCUUAUGGUCGGAAAUGAUGGAACUCCGGCCAUUCAACUAGAUGCCGGGAAUAGGUCUCUAAUGGAUCUCUGUAUGAUGGCUUCCAAAUUGGCUUACGAGAAUGCUAUCGUUAUCAAGAACGUGGUGAAUCAACAUUGGAAGAUGCACUUUAUCGACUUCUACAACUGCUGGAAUGAUUAUCAAAAGGAGCGAUCCACCCAAGUGUUCAUAUUCAGUGACAAGCCAAAAGAUGCAAACUUGAUAGUGAUCAGUUUCAGAGGAACAGAGCCAUUCGAUGCAGACGACUGGAUUACUGAUUUUGACUACUCAUGGUACGAGAUUCCAAAACUAGGAAAAGUCCACAUGGGAUUCUUGGAAGCCAUGGGUUUAGGAAACAGAAUAAAUACAUCUUCUUUCCAACAACUUCUUCAAGCAACAAACAUAAAGCUUCAAUCAACAAACGAAGAAGAACCCAAGAAGCUUCUUCCAGAAAUGGGGGAGUUGAGUGCGUAUCUUGCUGUGAGGAGCAAGCUCAAGAGCUUACUGAACGAGCAUAAAAAUGCAAAGUUUAUGGUGACUGGACAUAGCCUAGGAGGUGCUCUUGCGAUAUUGUUCCCAAUUGUCCUCGUGUUUCAUGAAGAAGACGAGGUUUUACAGAGGAUGAUAGGUGUACACACAUUCGGACAACCAAGAGUCGGAAACAGGGAAUUAGGGAGGUAUAUGGAAUCGAAAUUACAACAACCAAAUCCCAGAUAUUUUAGGGUUGUUUACUGUAAUGACAUAGUUCCAAGGUUGCCAUAUGACAACAAAACCUUCUUGUAUAAGCAUUUCGGAGUGUGCCUUUACUACGACAGUCUUUUUGUGAAGCAAAAAGUGGAUGAAGAACCAAAUAGGAACGACUAUGGAUUGUGGUACCUGAUUCCGGAGCAUCUGAAUGCUGUGUGGGAAUUGGCGAGAGGCAUGACGAUGGGAAUGGCAUACGGGCCGGAAUACAAGGAGAGUUGGGAAGGGAUUGUGAUGCGGUUGAUUGGUUUGGCAAUUCCGGGGCUUUCGGCUCAUGGUCCUCCCAAUUACGUCAAUUCGAUAAGACUGGGAACGGAGAAACAUAUCCAGAUGUCGAAUUUGUAAAAAUGCAGCUGUAGAAGGUUAAAGUAGGAGUUCAAAUCACUGAUAGAUUGAACAGUUGAUGUGGAAGUAUGGAACUGUUCAACCCAUUCCCCUCAAUCCUUUUUCCUUCUUUAGUUGUUCUUUGUAAUAAAACUUGUUUUAUGGACUUCGACUUUUCAACCUUUGUAGUGAAUUCGAUUAAUUAUUGCAUCCAGGAAAGGUAUUUUAUUUGUUA